AUGGGGGGCAUCAAGAAUAGGGAGGCGAAGAAGGCCGCCGCAAAGGUCUUCAGCUCUGGCGGCGGCGGUGGCGCCAAGGGCCCCUCCAUCAUCGACAAGCGCGGCGAGGAGCUGCCCUGCCCCCACUGCGACCGCAUCUUCAAGCAGAGCGGGCGACUUAAGGAUCACAUAGCAAAGCAGCAUACAGACCAGCCCGGUGGAGGCAGCGAGGGCGGCGGCGAUGGCGGCGCAUCCACGUCGUCGGCCCCGCAGCAACCAGGCCCCGGUGGCGUCGGCGGCUCUGGCAGCAGCGGGAGCAGCAGCAAGCCCCCUAGCCGCCCAGGCACGGCCGGCGGCCCCGGCAAGGCGGUCGCAUCCGCGGCCGCCGCGGCUGCCGCAUCGGCCGGCGCCGGCAAGCCGCCCGCGGCGCCCGGCGCGCGGCCCGGGAGCAGCGGCGCGGCGGGCGGCGGCGGCUUCAGCGACAAGCAGAUGAUGGACGUAGGGGCGCGGGGCGGAUACUUUGACGAGAAGAGCCCGAAGCUGCUGCUCCACGAGUGGUGCCUGCGCCAGAAGCGCCCCAAGCCGCGGUACGUGACGCAGCACGCCCCCGGCGGCCAGCACGCCUGCAAGGUCGUGCUGCCAGACCCCAAGGGCGUGUCAGACCGCGACGUGGUGGUCUUCCUGGACGCCUCGCUGGCGGCGCCCGACGCUGACGAGGCGGCGCAGCGCGGCGCGGUGGCGGCGCUGCACGCGGUGCAGGGCGAUCGGGCGCUGGACUAUGUACUGCCGGCGCGGUACCGCAUGGUGUGGCGGGAGCUGGGGGAGAAGGCGGCCCAGCGCGAGGCCAAGCGCGCAGCGGCGGCCGGGAAGGCCGCGCAGAAGCGCGAGCGCGCCGCCGCCCGCAAGGCCGCCGCGGAGCGCCGCGGCGCCGCCGCGGUCGUCAUGUCUGAGGACCAGCGGCGGCGCAUCGAAGCGCUGCUGCGCGGGCUGGACGGCUCGAUAGGGGCGGGGCUGGGCGGCGAGGACGAUGGGGAUUUGAGGGACGGAUACGACGGCCCUUGGAGCGACGACGAGGACGAGGAUGAUGAAGAGGAUGAUGACGAGGCGGCGGCCGAGGACGCGCGGGCGCUCGCGCGGGAGCUGCAGCGAAUGGGCUUCGCCGAGCGCGACGCGGCGGCGGCGGUCAAGGCGGUCGGCGCGGCGGGCGGCGCGGACGCGGCGCUGCCGGCGGCGCUGGACUGGCUGUGCCUCAGCCUGCCGGAGGACCGGCUGCCGCGCGCCUUUGCGCCGGGCGCCUCCAGCACCAUCUCCGUCGUCCGCACCGCCGACGCCGGCCUCUCCGCCCCGCGCGCCGCGGCCGCCGCCGCCGCCGCCGAGGCCGCUGCCGCCAAAGCGGCGUCCGCGGCGGCCCUGGAGGACCCCACAGUGGCGGCCCUGCUGGAACACGGCUACCCCCUAGACCACGCGCUGGCAGCGCUGCAGGGCGCCUCCGGGUCGCUGCCCGCCGCGCUCGCGUCGCUCUUCGCCGCCCUCCUCGCGCGCUCGGCCGGCGACGGGGACUCGGCCGGCGCGGGGGCGGCGGCGGAAGCGCUUGCAGCAGCCUGCCGCGGGCCGGGCGCAGAGCGGGCGGCGCGGCCGGCGGCGUGGGGGGAGGAGCGGGAAGUUCUGGAGGCGAUAUACGGGCGCGAGGUGGCGUAUCCCGAGCCGUGGCGCGCGGUGAUCUCUGUCGACUGGCCAGAGGCCCGGGAUAAGGUCGAGUUACACAUCCUGUGCCCGCCUGAUACAGCUGCGGCCGCCGGCGGCGGCGGCGCCGCCGCGGCGGCGUCCUAUCCGGACGUCCCCCCGGCCGUGGCCGUGACCUGCGCGCGCCUCAGCCCGGCCGCGCGGCUGGCGCUGACUGCGCGCCUCGCGUCCGAGGCGGCGCGCCUCGCGGCGGGCGGGCACAGCGCGGCGCACGACCUGGCUGUCGCGCUGUCCGAGGCGCUGGAGGAGGAGGGGGAGGCGCUGCUGACCGCGGCGGCCAGCGGCGGCAGCCGUAGCAGCAGGGCGCGCGCGCCGCCGCCGUACGACAAGCCGCUGAAGGCGGCGGCCGAGGCCGAGGCUGCAGACGCAGGCGGCGGCGUGGGGGACGGCAAGUCGGAGCAGCAGCGGCGGGUGGAGGAGGCGCGGGCGUCCGCGGCCGCGCGCGGCGCCGCGGCGCCGCGGCGGCAGCGGUACGUCGCGCGGCCGUCGCCGGAGGUGGUGGCGGCGGAGAGCCAGCGGCUGCUGCGGGAUGCGGAGCGGCUCAAGUUGGACCCCGGCCACGCGUCGAUGCGCGCGACCCGCGCCGCACUGCCCGCGGCCGCCAAGCGCGGCGAGCUGCUGGCGGCCGCGGCGGGCAGCGACGUCCUGGUCAUAAGCGGCGCGACGGGCUGCGGCAAGUCGACGCAGGUGCCGCAGUACCUGCUGGAGGACGCCGUGGACCGCUCCAUGGGGGGCGCCACCAGCAUCAUUGUGACGCAGCCGCGCCGCAUCGCCGCCACCGGCCUGGCGGCGCGCGUGGCGGCGGAGCGGGGGGAGGAGCUGGGCGGCGUGGUGGGGUACAGCGUGCGGCUGGACAACAAAACGUCGGCGCGCACGCGGCUGCUGUUCUGCACGACGGGCAUCCUGCUGCGGCGCCUGAUGGCCGACCCCGACCUGACCGGCGUCACCCACCUGGUGCUGGACGAGGUCCACGAGAGGGGCUGCGAGUCAGACCUGCUGCUGCUGCUGCUCAGGCGCCUGCUCGCACGCAGGGCCGCGGCCGCGGGUGGCGGGGGCGCGGGGCCGCCGCCCAAGCUGCUGCUGAUGUCGGCGACUGCGGAUGCUGAGCUGUUUGCUGGGUACUUCAGAAAGGUCGUCUUCGGCAGCGGCGGCAAGCGCGGCGCAGCUGCGCGGCGCGGCCUGGCUGUCAGCUGCCUGACCAUCCCGGGCUUCACCCACCCGGUGAGGGAGCUGUGGCUGGAAGACGCCCUGGCCGCCACCGGCUUCAGGGUCGGCCCCGGGUCGCGCUGGGCAAAGCGCAAGCUGCCAAAGGCGGACUCGGGGCCCAAUGGCGGCGCCAGGGGCGCUGCCGCGGGCGCAGCGGCGCAGCAGCAACAGCAGCAGCAGGUGGCGGGGGUUGUCGGCGACGAUGAUGAGUCAGCCUUGGGCUGGGAUGAGCCUGACGAGGACCCUCAGGCUGACGGCGCCUCGAGCAGCAGCAGCAGCGGCGUCGGCGCCGCGGCCGGCGGCGGCGGGGCGGCUGGGGUCGGCGGCGCCGCGGGGGAGCAGUACAGCGCUGACGUCAUGAGGAGUGUUGAGCUGAUGGACGCCAGCUUAGUCAACUACGACUUGAUAGAGCUGCUGGUGGCCCACAUAGUGGGGCGCACGCAGCGCGAUGGGCCCGCAGCCAUGCUUCAGGGCUGGCGGGACGCGCCGCCCGGCGCGCUUGCGCCGUCGCGCGGCCGGGACGCGGAGGCAGGAGCCAUCCUGGUGUUCAUGCCUGGCGCCCCCGAGAUCGACCGCCUGGUACGCCAGCUGCAGGGCAGCCCCAAGCUGGCCGCCGCCGCCGCGGGCGCCUCGCUGCGCGUCCUGCCGCUGCACGGGUCGCUGCCGGCGGGCGCGCAAGCGCGGGUGUUUGAGCGCGCGGGGCGGGGCGUCGUCAAGAUCGUGUGCGCGACAAACGUGGCCGAGACCAGCAUCACGAUUGACGACGUUGUGGCCGUCAUCGACACCGGCCGCGUCAAGGAGACGGGCUACGAUGCCGAGAAGGGCCUCUCCCGCCUGCAGGAGGGCUGGGUCAGCCAGGCCGCCGCCCAGCAGCGCCGCGGCCGCGCCGGCCGCGUGCGCCCCGGCUGCUGCUUCCGCCUGCUGGCGCGCGACUUCUGGGGCUGCCUGGCGCCGCAGCAGGCCCCGGAGGUCCUGAGAGUGCCCCUGGAGCAGCUGUGCCUCUCGGCAAAGGCCGCACUUGCAGACAUCGCAGCAGCCACCGCACCGCCAUCAUCAUCAUCAUCAUCAUCAUCAGCAGCAGCAGCAGCAGCAGCAGCAGCAGCAGCAGCAGCAGCAGGCGAAACAGGGGGAGGAGCUGUGGCGGAGGAGCGGCUGCAGGACGUGCUGGGGGAGCUGCUGACGCCGCCCGACCCCGCGGCAGCCGAGGCGGCCGUCGCGCGGCUGACCGCGCUCGGCGCGCUUGCACCAGCCGGGCAGGCGCUGACGGCGCUGGGGCGGCACCUGACCGCGAUGCCGAUGGACGCGAAGGACGGCAAGGCGCUGAUCUACGGCUGCAUGCUGAGCAGCCCCUGA